AUGGGAAAGAAUUAUUAUAUAAUUUCUGAUAAACAGCACUAUAUUUUCAGGAAAAAAAUGAGUAUUUAAAGAUUCAUAUUAAAGAAAAUACAAAAUUUUAGGAAUUUCCCCAAGCAGUGAUAUAGAGCAAAUCAAAAAAGGCUACAGAAGAGCAGUGCUUUCUUGGCACCCAGCAAAAACAAAAGUUGAUAAAGCAGACGCAGCAAAAAAUUUCAAGGAGGCAUCUGAAGCUUAUGAUGUCCUCAGCAAAAAUGAAACCCGAGCUAUUUAUGACAUGUUUGGCUAUGAAACCUUAAUAAAUGGUCUUUAUGACGACUCAAAAAUCAUUUUCCCCGCUUAUCAAUUUAAUAAGGAGCCAAUCGAAGUCUACCAAAAAUUCAUGCUUGAGGCAAAUCCUUUUGUAAGGAUUAUUGACUUUGAUGGCCGCUCUCAGCAAGGGUCUAUGUUUGGAUAUGCUUCUUUAGGCUUAAACUGGUGUCCAGAUACCACACCUCAUGACAUUGAAGUAACUGCUGAAUGCAGCUUAGAAGAAUUUUACUUUGGCUGUCAAAAAGACGUGACCUAUAAAUGCAAUUUAUUUAACGACGACCGUAGAACGACUCAUGAAGAAAUUAUUACUAAAAGAAUCAUCAUUAAGCCUGGGUAUAACAAAAAUACCAUUCUGACCUUCCCUAAAGAAGGAAGUGACCGCAUGAAUUGUGAACGAGGGAAUUUGAUAGUAAAAUUGACUGAAAUAAAGCAUCCUCAUUAUAGAAGGAAAACUAAUGAUCUCCAUUAUACAGUCACUAUAAACUUGCUUGAGGCUAUAAGUGCAUGUGCUAUUAGAAUUGAGACUCUUGACAAGAGAAUCCUGAUGCUUUCGGUUGAUGAGUGCUUAAACCCAGAAAAAACAAUUGUCCUGCCAAAUGAAGGGAUGCCGAUUUAUCAUGAAAAUCCUGCAAUUAUUGCAAAAGGGGAUUUUAUUGUCCAUUUCAAUUUGAUAAUGCCUCUGAAAGUACCUCAGGCGAGAUAUGAAGACUUAAGAAAAAUUCUCCCGAUAUCUUAA